AUGGCUCUGAUGAAGACCAGAGACGUCACAAUUCAUAGCGUGUUCCUCGUGUACAGGAAGCUGCUGGAGCAUAUUGAAAGGUCGAAUCGGAAAUUGAAAAGAAAGGCAACACCCUGGAAGAAGGACAUGUAUGGCGCUUUGCUUGUUGCGAGGCAGGAACUGAAAGUGUACUAUGAAAAGACCUACCGCGACCACGGUUUCCUCUAUGGCACUGGAACAUUACUCGCUCCUCAAUAUAAAUUGAGUGCUUUCGAUGAUAGAGAGUACUCUACUUGGCACGAAGAUACGUCAAAAAGGUACUGUGAAUACUUGAGAGCAUGUUUCACACAGUAUCAGCAGCAGAACCCCGAGCUGUUAUUCCGCACGGUGCAGCGCUCUUCCACUUCACAUAGCUCAGAGCUUGAUCGGCUACUUGAACCACUUGAUGCAUCGAUGCUCCACGAAAGGGCAGAGUUUGACGAAGUGGACCAGUAUCUUAGAGAAGGUACGAGCAACUGGCAUACUGCACUAGAACGACUGACUGACUUCUGA